CGGCAGGAAGUCCGGUGUUGAUGGCUGUGUUGUCGAAUGGCCUGUAGGUAGGGUCCCGGUCCAGCAUCACUGUUGGCCCUUCUACUGGGCUGGUCCCGGCCGAGGCCUGGCCCGGCCCGACCCGUUACGGGUGAGGCUGCUGAAGUGACUGCUUGCCGCCAUGCACGACGCCUUCGAGCCCGUGCCGAUCCUAGAAAAGCUACCUCUGCAGAUCGACUGUCUGGCUGCCUGGGAGGAAUGGCUUCUUGUUGGCACCAAACAAGGACAUCUUCUUCUGUAUCGGAUCCGGAAGGACACUGGUUGCAACAGGUUUGAAGUGACACUAGAGAAAUCCAAUAAAAACUUCUCCAAAAAGAUUCAGCAGAUCCAUGUGGUUUCCCAGUUUAAGAUUCUGGUCAGCUUGUUAGAAAAUAACAUUUAUGUCCAUGACCUAUUGACAUUUCAACAAAUCACUACGGUUUCAAAGGCAAAGGGAGCCUCACUGUUCACAUGUGACCUCCAGCACACAGAGACUGGUGAGGAGGUGCUGCGGAUGUGUGUCGCUGUGAAAAAGAAGCUCCAGCUCUACUUCUGGAAGGACAGGGAAUUCCAUGAAUUGCAGGGGGACUUUAGCGUACCAGAUGUGCCCAAGUCCAUGGCCUGGUGCGAAAAUUCUAUCUGUGUGGGUUUCAAGAGAGACUACUACCUAAUAAGGGUGGAUGGAAAAGGGUCCAUCAAAGAGCUCUUUCCAACAGGAAAACAGCUGGAACCGUUAGUUGCACCUCUGGCAGAUGGAAAAGUGGCUGUGGGCCAGGAUGAUCUCACCGUGGUGCUCAAUGAGGAGGGGAUCUGCACUCAGAAAUGUGCCUUGAACUGGACAGACAUACCAGUGGCCAUGGAGCACCAGCCUCCCUACAUCAUUGCCGUUUUGCCUCGAUAUGUGGAGAUCCGAACAUUUGAGCCAAGGCUUCUGGUCCAGAGCAUUGAACUACAAAGGCCCCGCUUCAUUACCUCAGGAGGAUCAAAUAUUAUCUACGUGGCCAGCAAUCAUUUUGUUUGGAGACUCAUUCCUGUCCCCAUGGCAACCCAAAUCCAACAGCUUCUCCAGGACAAGCAGUUUGAAUUGGCUCUCCAGCUUGCAGAAAUGAAAGAUGAUUCCGACAGUGAAAAGCAGCAGCAGAUCCAUCACAUCAAGAACUUGUAUGCCUUCUACCUCUUCUGCCAGAAGCGUUUUGAUGAGUCCAUGCAGGUCUUUGCUAAGCUUGGCACAGAUCCUACCCAUGUGAUGGGCCUGUACCCGGACCUGCUGCCCACAGACUACAGGAAGCAGCUGCAGUACCCUAACCCUCUGCCUGGGCUCUCGGGGGCUGAGUUGGAGAAGGCACACUUAGCUCUGAUUGACUACCUGACACAGAAACGAAGCCAGUUGGUAAAGAAGCUGAACGACUCUGAUCACCAGUCCAGCACCUCCCCGCUUAUGGAAGGCACUCCCACCAUCAAAUCCAAGAAGAAGCUGUUGCAGAUCAUUGACACCACCCUGCUCAAGUGCUACCUCCAUACGAACGUGGCCCUGGUGGCCCCUCUGCUCCGCCUGGAGAACAACCACUGCCACAUCGAGGAGAGCGAACACGUGCUGAAGAAGGCGCACAAGUACAGCGAGCUGAUCAUCCUGUAUGAGAAGAAGGGGCUCCAUGAGAAAGCUCUGCAGGUGCUGGUAGACCAGUCCAAGAAAGCAAACUCGCCUCUGAAAGGCCAUGAGAGGACAGUGCAGUAUCUGCAGCAUCUUGGCACAGAAAACCUGCAUUUGAUUUUUUCCUACUCUGUAUGGGUGCUGCGAGACUUCCCAGAGGAUGGCCUGAAGAUCUUUACUGAAGACCUUCCGGAGGUAGAGUCUCUGCCACGGGACCGAGUGCUCGGCUUCUUGGUGGAGAAUUUUAAGGGUCUGGCUAUUCCUUAUCUGGAACAUGUCAUCCACGUUUGGGAGGAGACAGGCUCUCGGUUCCACAACUGCCUGAUCCAGCUGUACUGUGAGAAGGUGCAAGGUCUGAUGAAGGAAUAUCUCCUGUCCUUCCCUGCAGGCAAAACUCCAGUCCCUGCUGGAGAGGAAGAGGGUGAGCUGGGAGAAUACCGACGGAAGCUCCUUAUGUUCUUGGAAAUUUCGGGCUACUAUGAUCCAGGCCGGCUCAUCUGUGACUUUCCUUUUGAUGGCCUCUUAGAAGAGCGGGCACUGCUGCUGGGCCGCAUGGGGAAGCACGAGCAAGCGCUCUUCAUCUACGUGCACAUCCUGAAGGACACAAAGAUGGCCGAGGAGUACUGCCACAAGCAUUACGACCAAAACAGAGAUGGCAACAAAGAUGUAUAUCUGUCCCUGCUCCGGAUGUACCUGUCGCCCCCCAGUGUGCACUGCCUGGGACCGAUCAAGCUGGAAUUGCUGGAGCCACAAGCCAACCUCCAGGCAGCCCUGCAGGUCCUCGAGCUGCACCACAGCAAGCUGGACACCACUAAGGCCAUCAACCUUCUACCAGCAAACACUCAGAUUAACGAUAUACGCAUCUUUCUGGAAAAGGUCUUGGAAGAAAAUGCACAAAAAAAACGGUUCAAUCAAGUGCUCAAGAACCUUCUCCAUGCAGAAUUUCUGAGGGUCCAGGAAGAGCGGAUUUUACAUCAGCAGGUGAAGUGCAUCAUCACAGAGGAGAAGGUCUGCAUGGUGUGUAAGAAGAAGAUCGGGAACAGUGCAUUUGCAAGAUACCCCAACGGAGUGGUCGUGCACUACUUCUGUUCCAAAGAGGUCAACGCGGCUGACACCUGAGCCCAGCAUGCCAGGGACUCUUCAUACGGACAGUUGGCUAUCCCAGAGUGGGGAAAGAGCACCGGCCUUAGGAAUGGGGGGCUGUUUCCACCACCAGCUGUCUCCCCAUUUGGACACUCCUGGCUACCUUGAGCCGUGGAACAUCUCUGAAUUUAAUCAGACUUGCAGUCUGGUGUUACCAGCUUUUUGAUAGAAAAAGAGAUUAGCUACACCUUAUAUACCAUUUGCGUUGCAGGCGGUUUCCGAGAAUUUACUACCCACUUGGA